AUGUCAAAACAAAAACGCAACGAGUUCCUGGACAUAGGGUCUAGUGACGAUGAGGGAAGUGAGGCAGGCUAUAACUCGGAAGAUUUCCAGGAAUCCAAGGGACGGGGCAACAAGCGAAAACAUCCAUCCAACGCAGACUCCCAGUCGAAACGAAGAAAACUCCCAGAAGACCAGACCGAUGGCAGUGAUGAUGAGGAUGGAUCAGAUAUAUUGGACCUUGCAGCCGCAGCCGAUGAUUUAGCCCAGGACCAGGAGAACGAGGAUUUGGAUUCUGCGACGAACCCUCCAACGGAGCCAACAGCUACCAAGCCUCCAGCCAAAAAAUCGGCAUCGUCAAGCAAACAGGCCACGAAAGACAGGAAAAACAAAACAGGCGUCAUCUACAUGUCCUCCUUGCCGCCAUAUCUCAAACCAUUUGCCCUAAAGUCUCUCCUAGUAGCGCGGGGUUUCGGUCCAAUCACCAAGAUUUUCCUAUCACCCUACGUUCCUUCAACCAGUACCUCCAGAGCUUCGGCAAAAGCAAGUCGCAAUAAACGACGCAUGUACACUGACGGAUGGGUGGAAUUUGCAUCCAAACGAACCGCAAAGAUAUGCGCUGAGACACUUAACGCUUCAAUCGUAGGCGGCAAAAAGGGUGGAUGGUACCACGACGACGUGUGGAAUAUGAAAUAUCUACGUGGGUUCAAGUGGACAGACCUCAUGGAGCAGGUGCAGAGAGAGAAGAGAGAGGCAGAAGCUAGAAGACGAAUCGAAGACACAAAGGCCAGGAAAGAGGAAAAGGCAUUCCUACAGGGAUUAGAGCAAGGGAAGAUAGUGGAAGGGAUAAAGAAGAAGAGGGAGGCGAGGGAACAGCUGAAAGUGAACAAUGGUGAUAGUGAAAAGCCGGCACAGAAGAAGACGGAGGUUAGGAGGGUGUUUAGACAGAACGAGGUCAGGGGUAGCGGUGGUGCUUCAGCUGGUGCUACAAGCAGUACAAAGAAAGUCGACUCGGAUACGCAGCGAGUUCUAUCGAAGAUUUUCUAA